GAAGUGACGCACAGCCCUGGCCGGCGGCCGCCCAGCCCCCGCUUCCUUUCACGCUGUCGGUGUCCGUAGGUGGUCGUGGCCGCCUUACCCUUCGGGAGGUGGCGGCGGCCAGUAAUGCCCGGAAAACUCCUCUGGGGGGACAUCAUGGAGCUCGAGGCGCCCUUGGAAGAGUCCGAGAGCCAGAAGAAGGAGAGGCAAAAGAGUGAUAGAAGGAAGUCAAGGCACCAUUAUGAAUCAGAUGAGAAAACAGAAACAAGAGAAAAUGGUGUUACAGAUGACCUGGAUGCUCCCAAGCCCAAAAAAGCUAAAACAAGAGAGAAGCUAAAUGGAGACACUGAAGGAGGACUUAGUAGACUUUCCGAUGAAUUCUCCCCAUCUCAUAAGUCCAGAAGAAAAGACGUACCAAAUGGAGAUGUUGAUACCUAUGAAAGAAGGUCAAAGCGAGUGUCAUCCUUAGAAAAUUCUACUCAUAAAUCAAGUGAUAAAGUGGAGGAGACUCUAACACGUGAACAAAAGGAAGGAGCCUUCUCCAAUUUCUCCAUUUCUGAGGAGACUAUAAAGCUUCUGAAAGGUCGAGGGGUAACAUAUCUCUUUCCUAUUCAAGUUAAAACCUUUGGUCCUGUAUAUGAAGGAAAAGAUUUAAUUGCUCAAGCCCGGACAGGAACAGGAAAGACAUUCUCUUUUGCCAUACCCUUGAUUGAAAGGCUCCAAAGAAAUCAAGAAACAGUUAAAAAAAGCCGCUCACCAAAGGUACUUGUUUUGGCUCCAACAAGGGAACUGGCAAAUCAAGUAGCCAAAGAUUUCAAAGAUAUAACUAGAAAACUCAAUGUGGCGUGUUUUUAUGGUGGAACAUCAUAUCAAAGCCAAAUUAAUCACAUUCGGAAUGGUAUUGACAUCCUUGUUGGGACCCCAGGGCGUAUCAAAGACCAUCUGCAAAGUGGCCGUUUGGAUCUUUCGAAGCUGCGCCAUGUUGUGCUUGAUGAAGUAGAUCAAAUGUUAGAUUUAGGUUUCGCUGAACAAGUUGAAGAUAUUAUUCAUGAAUCCUACAAAACUGAUUCAGAAGACAAUCCUCAGACCUUACUUUUUUCUGCAACUUGCCCACAGUGGGUAUACAAAGUUGCAAAAAAAUACAUGAAAUCCAGAUAUGAACAGGUUGACCUUGUUGGAAAAAUGACUCAAAAAGCUGCAACCACUGUGGAACAUUUGGCUAUCCAGUGCCAUUGGUCUCAGAGACCAGCAGUUAUUGGAGAUGUCCUUCAGGUCUACAGUGGAUCUGAAGGGAGGGCUAUUAUCUUCUGUGAGACUAAGAAGAAUGUAACUGAAAUGGCCAUGAAUCCACACAUAAAGCAGAAUGCCCAGUGUUUGCAUGGAGACAUUGCACAGUCACAAAGAGAAAUUACCUUGAAAGGCUUCAGAGAAGGUAGUUUUAAAGUUCUGGUGGCAACCAAUGUGGCUGCCCGUGGCUUGGACAUUCCUGAGGUUGACUUGGUGAUUCAGAGUUCCCCUCCACAGGAUGUUGAAUCCUAUAUCCAUCGCUCUGGACGUACAGGUAGAGCUGGCCGGACAGGAAUUUGUGUAUGUUUUUAUCAACCAAGAGAAAGAGGACAACUGAGAUAUGUGGAACAGAAAGCAGGAAUUACUUUUAAACGUGUAGGUGUUCCUUCUACAAUGGAUUUAGUUAAAUCUAAAAGCAUGGAUGCCAUCAGGUCUCUGGCCUCUGUUUCUUACGCUGCUGUUGAUUUCUUCCGACCAUCAGCUCAAAGACUGAUAGAAGAGAAAGGGGCCGUGGAUGCACUGGCUGCAGCGUUAGCUCACAUUUCUGGUGCAUCGAGCUUUGAGCCACGAUCUUUGAUCACCUCUGAUAAGGGGUUUGUGACCAUGACUCUGGAAAGCCCAGAAGAAAUACAGGAUGUCAGCUGUGCUUGGAAAGAGCUUAACAGAAAGCUGAGUAAUAAUGCUGUGUCUCAAGUAACCAGAAUGUGCCUCCUAAAAGGAAAUAUGGGUGUUUGCUUUGAUGUUCCUACAAGUGAAUCAGAAAGACUUCAGGCAGAGUGGCAUGAUUCAGACUGGAUACUCUCAGUGCCAGCCAAAUUACCAGAAAUUGAAGAAUAUUAUGAUGGAAACACAUCUUCUAAUCCCAGACAGAGGGGUAGCUGGUCAGGCGGCAGGUCUGGCCGUUCAGGCCGGUCUGGUGGUCGAUCUGGUGGCCGAUCAGGUAGACAGAGUCGACAGGGGAGUCGGUCAGGAAGUCGACAAGAUGGUAGAAGACGAAAUGGGAACAGAAAUCGAUCAAGAAGUGGGGGCCAUAAACGGAGUUUUGACUAAGUGUUUGAUCCUUAAUCUUCCAGUGUGAGCUUGCCUAUAUCUGUCUAAUCAUGUAUAUUACUCACCAAAAAUUAGGUCAUCAUAGUUGAGGUAUUUGUCUGUAAUUUGCAAAGAAGUUGGUCGUAUUUUUUUAAAAAGUAUUUCACAAGAAUGGUUGUAAACAAAUCUACUUACCCAGCUAUACCUUUGAAUUAAAAAAAGCCCCUUUUAUUGUCUGUUUUCA